UGCAUCUGGGCUCUAAAUGGGAGCUGGCUCCCAUCAUUCACUUAAAAAAGCAAGCUCAUAGAGCCAACUCGUUCAUGAACCAUCCCUACUAUGUGCAUCUUUUGUGACUGGUAGUAUUUAAAUAAGAGUAUAAUGGCUUUUUCCCUUAAUCACUUACGUGUACUUAAACAUUUAUACAUGCAGUGCAUUUCUAUUGUUUCUGGUUCAUUGACAAAGGCUGACACGCUGAAUUACUCCAGCUACAAUGGCAGCAUGUAGAAAAUUCCUGCUACUCCUCGGAUUUGUUGGAUCCAUGUGCCUCAUCAUGUUGUCCUAUCACAUACGGGACAUGUCACAAGAAAAGAGAGCUGCGAGGAUCCAUCAGCUGCAGGACGUGAGAAAGCAGCUGCUAAGAGAAAUAUGUGAAGACAAAGAGGCAUUUUCUAAAGGGAAACACCGUUUAGAAAACAUGAGUAACAAAGAGCUGGACAAUCUCAUUGUGGAUGACAAACAUGGCAUUAUCUACUGUUACAUCCCCAAGGUGGCGUGUACCAACUGGAAGAGAGUCAUGAUUGUCCUGAACCAUAGUGAGCCAUAUCAGGAUCCCAUGUCCAUACCUAGUGAAUUCACCCACAAUUCCAGCAAGCUCACUCUCCUAAACAGCUUCCCAAGAACAGAAAUGGAGGCAAAGCUGAAGCACUACACCAAGUUCCUGUUUGUCCGGGACCCGUUUGUCCGUCUCAUCUCCGCUUACCGAGACAAGUUCCAGAAGGAAAAUGAGUACUUCUACUCGUUUGCCCGGGAUAUUCUGCGCAUGUAUGGCAACCAGUCUGAUCCACCACAGACAGCGCAUGAGGCGUUUGCCUCUGACAUUCGCCCUUCAUUUUACAACUUUAUUCAGUACCUGCUGGACCCGCGGACAGAGAAAGAGCAGCCCUUUGAACCCCACUGGAGGCAUAUGCACCGCCUGUGCCACCCCUGCAUCAUACAAUAUGAUUUUGUUGGCCAUCAGGAGACUCUUCAGCAGGAUGCUGAGCAGCUGCUGAAGAUCUUAAACCUGGAGGAUGAAAUUAAGUUCCCUCCUUCCUAUGAAAACAUGACUUCCCUUUCUUCUGUGUUGGACUGGUUCAGAACAGUGCCCCUGGAGGACAGGAGGAAGCUGUAUGAUCUCUAUGAGAGGGACUUCACACUUUUUGGGUACAGAAAGCCAAGCGAACUGUUUGAUGGUUGAAAUGAAGUCAUGGUUUGGACAACUUCACUCUUUCCUCUCCAGCCACUGGGUGAAGAAACCACAAUUUUUAAACUCUGAACAAGAAACUAAGAUUUUCUGCAGACACAUAAUGACAAAGAAAUGACUUAGGCACUGGUUGCACAACAGUUCUGUUCUUGCAUUUGUCUGAUCUCUAGCUUUUCUACACUGCACCACUGAAAUCUAGAUUGUUCAUCUCAUAAAUGUGCAGUGAUUUAUAUUAUUUUCAACUCAAUCACUCACUGUUAGGGUGAUUAACUUCACUUGUUAGUGAACAUAGUUGUCAAAAAGCAUCUACUAAACUAAACAAGAAACAGCACAUUUUAAUUUCAUGCUGGAGAUUUUCAGCAAUGGCAUGUUUCCAGACACAGUGCAUGUUUGUAAAUGUCUUUUUUCCAGCUCUUCCUGUUUUCAAACUGACUUUUUAAACAAAAAUCUGUGAUAUCAAUGUAAAAAAUAAAAAUUAAUGUAAAAGGU